AUGUUCAUGGCGCAAAUCCGUGUUGUCGCUUGCCUCAUCAUCCUCAUCACCCUGGCAUUGAGCGCCGGAGCUGCAGACACCAACGGCACAGACCAUCGCCCCUCUGACACCCGCAGGGCAUAUCAGUCCAAGGAGGUUCCGGUGUCCAUGGCCGUGGGCUUUCCCACCACGGAUCGCAACGGUCUUUGGACCUGGCCCGUGCGGCGCCUGGAUGCGGAUCCUUUGGAUUCCGGGGCUUCCGUGCGCUAUACUUCCUACCCAACUGGAUAUGCUGGCAGCCAGGGUCGCUGCUGCCGUGGCGACACCACCUCGGGAACGAGAGCCUAUCACUGGGACACCCUGAAAGCACUCUUUCAAGAGGUGGAGUGCUGGGACUCUGUGAAGACCAUGCCGCAGUUGCUGCAGAGGUUGGACUUCCUUCAACGUGAUCGCCUGGGGAGCGGUCGUGCAGCUGCCACCUGUAUGGUACCACCGCUGGUGGAGGAUGACUAUGUAGGACCAUCGCACUUGGUGCCUCGUUCGGAGUUGCCCAAAGAUUGGCACCCGAAGAUAGAAGAGCUGGGGUACCGCCAACGGAGCCCCAUGACCAUCCGCUGGGAGCCGUCCGAUGAGCUGGUGGAUGACACACCCAAGGUCAUGGUGCUGUAUUGCGGCCCACUGGAUCUCAAGCCGCAGAUGCAGAAAUUCAGAAGGGCUUAUCCCUCUGGGAGACGUUGUCAUCGGCAGUUUUUUUUCGGAGCCAUGGCCCUGUUGUCGGAUCGUGUGCGUGAAGCCUUCAAGACCUGGGAUACUGAAGGAGAUGGCACCAUUACCAAGACUGGCCUGAUCCGCCUCUUAAGAAAGAUUGCUCCACAAGUGACCGAAUCAGACCUGGAGGUUCUCUUCGAAGCGGCGGGAGCUACAGUCAGUUUCUCCAGCACCUAUUUUGAUUGGUUCGAGUCCCAUAUUUGGUUGAUGAGUUAUACUACCUUCUCCUACAGGUAUCGUUAUAAUCCAUGA